UGACACCAUCAAAAUGUUCCGAGUUUGUAGUCUGUUGACUGUGCGAUGUCUCCCUCGUAUUUCCGUAGUUUAAACUGUUAGUCCGGUAAGGCCAGCCGGUCCGAUAGCCCCCGUAGUUGUGUUCAUUUGAUGUGCGCUUCCUUUGAGACAUGGAGCAGACAGGCAGCAUGGACGCAGAUUCGGCUGAACGCACUGACGGUGACGGAUAUUGCACACGUUGGCGGAACUGGACUGGAUUCUGGCUCCUUGGAUUGUGCAACAACUUUGCUUAUGUGAUAAUGCUGAGUGCGGCCCAUGACAUCCUCAUAAAACAAGAGUCAGAAAACGCCACAGCAUCUACCUCAGCCUCAUUGGCCGUGGAUUUCCAAGGUGGGAACAGUAGCAACAGCAGCCGCUAUGACUGCAAUCCUGUCUCCACUGCGGCGGUGCUGCUAGCUGAUAUCCUGCCAACACUUGUCAUCAAGUUGUCUGCUCCCUUUGUGAUUCACAAACUGCCUUAUGGUAUCCGAGUGUUGUUCUGUGCCAUCAUGGCAGCAGCAAGUUUCCUUCUUGUGUCCUUCUCCUCAGCUGUGUGGAUGAGCAUUCUAGGAGUGAUCUUUGCCAGUAUCAGCUCCGGUUUGGGAGAACUGUCCUUCCUUGCGCUCACUGUCUACUUCAGCAGGGAUGUACUGGGAGGCUGGGGCUCGGGUACUGGUGGUGCUGGUGUUGCUGGAGCCCUCCUGUACUCAGGCCUCACCCAAGUUGGCCUGUCUCCCCAUAUCACGCUUCUCAUCAUGCUGGUGGUACCAUUUGCUAUGUUGAUUAGCUAUUUUUUCCUGCUGGUUCUUCCACCUUCAUUACCUCAGUGGAGAGGCAGGGAGACAGAAUAUGCAGCUGUGGGCUCAGAAGAGAGACAGCAGCUGAUGGAUGGGUCAGAAGGAGAGGAGCAAGCAAAAUCAACCCCAGAGGACGAGGCCAACGGAGCACUGACCUUCACAGAGAAACUUCAUGUCAUCAAAGGCUUGCUGAGGUUUGUGUUUCCUCUGGGAUUGGUAUACUUUGCUGAGUACUUCAUCAACCAAGGCUUGAUGGAACUUCUGUAUUUCCCCAAAUUUUUCCUGUCCCAUGCAGAGCAGUAUCGCUGGUAUCAGACCCUGUACCAAGUUGGUGUGUUGGUGUCCCGAUCCUCCCUUUGCUGUGUGAAGAUCAGGAAACUGUGGGCUCUCUCUUUGCUGCAGGUGUUGAAUGCAGUGCUGCUCCUGUUUGCAGUACAUUACCAGUUCCUUCCCAGUGCCUGGCUGGUGUUUACGAUUGUCCUUUAUGAGGGUCUGCUGGGUGGAGCUGCAUAUGUCAACACCUUCUACUUCAUCAGCAAGGAGUGUGUCCGCCAUGUUGUUUUACUGGCCGCCUCAUUUGCUAUGGUUACAAGCGUGCACGUGUAUGAGGGGAGGGGCUUUGGAGGCAGUGCUGAUGCACCGUGAAGAGGCGGAGGAGGAGGUACCUUCAGGCUGUACUCUUUCAAAUUCGCUAGCACUAACAUUAGCUCGGAAACCGGACUGGAAGAAGAGGACAAUUUAAGCGCAGCAAUACUGUCCAAGCUUAAAACGUCCAGGCGGGAGAAUAUGAAAAGCUGACGGCAAUGACGUCAGCUAUGACCUCCCUGGAGCAUUCUGUGGAGAAAAUGGGGGAAGCGUAUGACCCACGCAGAGACUGAAAUUAGCCAGGUGGCAGACGGACCCACCUGUUCCACUUGCCUGCUAAGCUACUUGCUGUGAUGUGAGAGGCAACUCGAGGAAAGAUGCAAAGAAUUUGAAAACUACACAAGGAGGAACGAUCUGCAAAUCUAUUGGGUCACUGAGGGCUCAGAGAAGGGGGACAUGGUUCAGUGGACGGUGAUCUUUCAGUGGGAGCUUUUGGAUUUACCAGCAGACUUUCCUCUUCAGCUGGAACAAGCCUACAGGUGCCACCAGCAGAGACCAACGGACUCAAAUGCCCCACGAGAUCACUUCUUAGAUUUGUUAAGCACCAGCAUAAACAACAGGUGCUAUCCAAAGCCUGGGGCAUGAAAAAUCUUCAGUACAAGGGAAAACGGAUCUUCAUGGAUCACAACUACUCACCAUUUCAAACGUUGUACCCAGCUAAACUGAAGGUUGAUCUAGGGGAGGGUAUGAAAACAUACAAGUCAGCAUGGAUAGCAGCAGAGGGCCUUUUGCCUCUUGUGAUCAAGAUCUCCAUCUCAGCAGAGGAAAAGCUGAACAGAGAAUGAAACCGAAUAGGCUGGAUGAGAAGCAGCAUGAGCGGCCCACUCAGUGCGGGGAUGAUAACGUGCAGCCUUAUCCAAGAUGCGGAGGCUCUACAGAAGGACGCUGCAGGGGCUGAUUGAAAGGGGGAGAGUGGGUAUGCUGUGUGGCACCCCUAAAUUAUCUGUGGUGAGUUUGUCUGAUCAUUGGGGGUCAUUUUAAUUCAUACUUGUGACAGAUAGGUAUAUUUUUGCAGCAUAUAAGUAGUGUCAUACGUCAUUGUAAGUAAAAGGAAAUUUAAAGAAAAAGAAAAAAAGAAAAGAAAAAAGAUCAGCGAGGGCCCUUUGCUUUUUGACAUAGGUUUUGCUUAAAAGCUAGACUCGACUGGCUCUGUCAAGGUCAUAGUUCAGACCUGGGGAUUGGAAGCUUUAUCUUACUUUGAAAUGUUCUUUAUUCACUGUUCUGUUCUUUGUUCAUCACUGUUCUUUGUUAAAGUAGAGGAAUGGUUAAGGCUAAUGGUCAUGACUUUUUGAAUAUGUUAAAGCCCUCAAAAAGGCAAUUCAUUUGAGAGAAAAAUACUAAGCAAGCAGCAAUGAAUGCAACAUAACAUACCUUUUGGUGCUCAGGCCCCAAUGAUAAUUAUUCCUUCAGUUACAAUAGGGUCCUUGCACCCUCCAGUGCUCGGGCCCUAAUAAACGGACGGACUAAUUACAAUAGGGUCCUCGCACUGGUUAGUCCUUUUUUUUCCUUGUUUUUUUUUUCAAAAAGGAGAAAAGGAAAGAAAAUUGUUACAGUGUAGGGCACUCAAAGCAAUACAAAAAUGUGCCAUAAAAAAUCAACAUUUUGAUUAGCGUUCUGUUGUUUGUAAAUUCUGCAAAUAGAAUUGUUUGUAAAUUGUUUUGCUUUAUACUUUUGGCAAAGUGGAUUGCAAUGCCUUUCUUCUUUUUUUCUUAAUAUUCUCACACACAGGGUGUUCACAGGUGUAAAUUUACCAUUUUGCUAGCUCUGGCUCAACAGUUGUAUGGUACAUAACUCCUGAUAAAUUCACUGUUAAACUUAAAAAAUAAAAUUAAUCGAGGGGAAAAAAGGUAAAAACAGGACAUAUUCAAGUGCAAUUGAAUUUGAAAGAAGUAACGACUAAAAGAGAUUUAUACAAAGAAAUUCUUGUUUUAUGUGUUUUGUACUCACUUAAAGAGAAAUUGUAUUUCUAUAUCAAAGAGGAAGCCAAUAUACACUGUAUACAAACAAUGAAAAAGGAAAGAAGAAAAAUGUAACAUGUAAUAUCCCUUUAAAGGAAGAACUGUCUUGGACAUUUAAGAAAAGAU